UCAGAGCAUCCUGCUGUUGCUUCUCUGCCGCGCGCUAAGCUUCAAUAAGGCAUGUAUCUGAGACUCAUCAUUAUAGUAACGUGUCACCAAUGAUUCUGUGCUCCGACAUCCUGAAGAAGGAGAGAAGAGAAAGUUUGGUAAAAGUUGAACGAGGAUGCACUGGUGCGGACUGAAGAGCAGCGCUAGACCUGCAGUAAACUGAGAAACGAUCAGUCCACAUUCCAGUCACAUUAAGUGUAUUUGUGAAUGGAUUGAAGUGGUGAGGAUUAUCUGCCUGAACUCAUAAAAUGCCAAUACAUGUGACAGUUUUAAUGAAGUUUGGAUGAAGAUGAGGAACAGCGCAUUCAAGAUCUUCAAGAGGGAAACGCACACAGCUUCCUAAACAACUAUUGAACAUUUAAUGUUUUAGCGGUAUUUAGUGGACAGAUACGCAACGGUGCAAAAUGCUAACAGCGCGUAAAAGUGUAUGGGUGCUUUUAACUGUGCUGCUGGCUGCCUGGAUGCAGCGCGCGAUCAGCUUCCCCGUGAGGCAUCACAAGAGACCCAGACACGGCGACUCUACUGAGAACCAAGUCCAGAACGAGCUGGCAGACCCUCGUCCCCACCAACACAGGUGGCUCCAGCAUCGCUCAACGGGUGUCCUACCACAGCCUGAGCCCGAGGAAGAAUCAAAACCCUUUGUCCUAGACCUCAAAAACUUUCCAGACCUGGCAAAUGCUGACACUGACUCCCAAAACCCAAACAUUCAGGUGACCAUCGAGGUGUUGGAUGACCCCCCCAUGGAAAUGGACAAGGACCUGGUUAGAGAAUGGAGCAAUGACUGGCCCACAUCUUCUCCCUCCUCUACUGUAGAAUGGUUGGGCGGAAAGAAGCUUUUCUGGCCUUUAUUUUGGGGCUACACAGAUGUAGAUUCGGGUGAAGAUGGCACUGGCCAAGCAGUGGAUGAAGAGGAUGAUUAUGCACUGGAGUAUGACAGUGGGGAGGCCCUUCCUAGUGGACUGGACAAGACAGGUGGCAUUUGGGAAAGCCCAUGGACUGAACGCCAUUAUGGUGAGAAAGAGGAAGAAUGGAGCGCAUGGGGUCCCUGUAGUGUCACUUGUGGAAAUGGCAACCAGACCCGCUCACGUUCAUGUGGAGAUUUCUGCAUCUCCACCGAAUCCCGAAGCUGUGACCUUGUGCCGUGCCCAGAUGAUUGGAACAGUGUGGCUCACGUCUUUCCAUUUGAGAUGGAAAAUGGUACAGAACCCUUUGGCACUGAUGUUGACAGCUGUGAGAAGUGGUUGAAUUGUAAGAGUGAGUUUCUCCAGCGCUACCUGCAGCAGGUAUUGACUGAUUUACCCAGCUGUCCAUGCACCUAUCCUUCAGAAGCCUCCACCAAUAUAGUCAGUCUGCUGGAUGCAGGACAUGACCAGACCUUCCAAUGGAGGGAUGCUAGCGACCCAAAAGAGCGGCUGGACAUCUACAAGCCCUCGGCACGCUCUUGCUUGCGUUCUGGCCUCUCAACAGAUGGCACCACUCUGGCCGCACAGCAUUGUUGCUAUGAUGACAACAAGCUUCUAAUUACAAGGGGCAAGGGUGCAGGUACUCCCAACCUAAUAAGCACAGAGUUCUCUCCAGAGCUGCAUUUUAAGGUGGAUGUAAUGCCUUGGAUUCUGUGCAAAGGAGACUGGAGUAGGUUUCAUGCUGUCCGCCCACCCAAUAAUGGCCUGCAUUGCACAGAAAACCCCCAACAGGACAUUUUCAUGAAUGAAUUGGAGGAGGCCAGAGAAUAUUAAGUCACCAAAUUACUGUCCCUCCUCUGACACACCAUCCUGCUGUGGUGCUUAACCCAACACAAAAUACCAGCCAGCCGCAUAAGUGUGCAGUAUAGAGCCAGUCUUAUGUUGUGGGAUGCAUUAUUGUAACUGUGUUCGCAAAGCAUGGCCUCUUGCUUUUGCUGUGUUUGGAAUAUAGUGGAAAAUGUAAGAAAUGUUUAAAAAUGGAUUAUAAUCGAUCUGUUGAUGAUCUCUCUUUUGAUAUGUGAAUCUUGUAACUCUUGUAUUUGUGUAAAUGACCAAUACAGGUCAAUACAGGUUGGUGUUGUUGCUGCUGCAAUCACAUAGAGCGGGAUGCAAAGGUCUGACACCCCAAACUAUAGAUUAUCAGCAUAAUAAAAUUGUACUAAAACAUGUACGUGAUUUUAUGUACGUCUACCUUUCUCUUAAUGGACAGCAGAACUGGAUCUAACAAUUCCACAUUUGUUCAAAACCUAUAAUGAUCAUGUUAUCCAGCAUGAUUUGAGAAUAUUCCAAAGAGCAUCUUAAGUGCUUCAUUCUGACCCCUUGCCAAUGUAAUUUAUUUUCCUCAUUCAUUUGAAUUAAUUGUUUAAAUAAUUAUUUAUUUUUUGUUUUAACAGUAACAUUUAUUCCUAAUACAUCUUGAAUCCUAUAUUGAUUGUGGUCUCAGACCUUUGGAUCCCACUGUAUUUACUUUGAUAUCAGUGCCAUCCAAUGUAAAAUUUGGGUCCUGAAGCAAAAUGAGUUAAAAAAAAAAAACUCUGUUAUAGACUUGCGGGGACGUUUUGAGAGUAAAUGGGCACACUUUCACUGCCAACUCAGGGGAAACCAUUCCAUAACAAUGUUCACUUAGUUCUUUAAAGCUGCAGUAGGUAACUUUUGUAAAAAUAUAUUGUUUACAUAUUUGUUAAACCUGUCAUUAUAUCCUGACAGUAGAAUAUGAGACAGAUAAUCUGUGAAAAAAUCAAGCUCCUCUGGCUCCUCCCAGUGCUCCUAUUGCCAUUUGCAGAAAUGCAUCGCUCCCAGUAAGAAAUAACCAAUCAGAGCUGCGGUCCGUAACUUUGUUUGUGUUCAAAAUGUAGAAAAAUGUAUAUAAUAAGCGAGUACACCAUGAAUCCAUUUUCCAAACCGUGUUUUUAGCUUGUCCUGAAUCACUAGGGUGCACCUAUAAUAAGUGUUUAUAUUCAGACUAUUUUAGAUUUCUUCGGGGAUACCGCAGCGGAGUGACCCAGUACCUUUGUGAUUCUUCAUAGACAUAAACAGAGAGAAGUAGUUCCGGCUACGAUGUUCUUCCGCAAGACGCGAGCAUUUCUGUUUAUUAACCGCUAGAGCGUCAAAAGUUACCGACUGCAGCUUUAAUAGAGUCAACAUUUCAGAAAGGGAACGAGCUGACAGACAUAAAGAGAAUAUUAUAAAAUGUAUAUUGAUAUAACAUUUAUGUGUACGUACAAUUUUGCUGUUUAGUUGUUCUGCAAAUGUGCAUUUGCUGUGUUGUUAUUGUUGUUGCUUUUCAUGUGUUGUUGGAAACUGUUUCAGGGUAACUACUUAAUAUUGCUCCAGACCUCUAAUUUGAAAUAUUGCUCUUAAGAGUAUGCAGUCUGUGUAUGCACAUGCUAUGGCUGGCACUUUAUUUAACAUUUAUUGAAAUGUAUAUUUGCAUGAUGAAACAUUUAUUGUGAAUGGAUUGCUUCCUGUGGUCAUUGCUACAUUAAUGGCAAGAACAGUAUUUCUGUGUUAGCAUGUGUUGAACAGUAUUUAUUGUAUUUUUAUCGCACAUUCGCUGACGCUUUGAACUGAUCAUCCAUUCAGAUGGUGCACUACCCAGAGUCCUCCAGGACACACUGACCUAAAAAGGGAAAUCAUGUUCUCAAACACCUCUUUAACAACAAAACAAGUCAAUAUUCGCUGUUUAUUAUGUGUACUUUAUAAUGAUUUUGCAAGUUGCAAGUUCUAUUAAAACAAAUACAAAGAUGUGUUUGAAAA